CUUGUUUUGGAUUUCAAAGGAGUAGUUUACUGCAUAUACAAUGGGCAAAAAGGAUAAAAAGAAAAAGUCAAAAGAGCACAAGGCCAAGGUUGCAGAGAAGCAAGAUCGCAAGCAAGCUAAAAAAGAAAAGAAAACCAAGGCGAAAAAUGUAGAAGAACAAGAGGAAGAUAUCGAAACUAUUCUUGCCAAUUUCAAGAAGGAGCAAGAGGAGAGAGUCAAGAUUAUUGAAGAAGUUUGGAGCGGUCCACCCAGUCGCCGUGCCAAUGCUACUUUGACAGCCAACCCUCUGAACCAAAACGAGUUAAUUUUCUUUGGAGGGGAGUUUUAUGAUGGAGUUAAAUGUGCUUUCUACAACGAUCUGUAUCGAUACAACAUUGAAAAGGAUGAAUGGCGUAGGAUUACCUCUCCCAAUUCUCCUGGUCCUCGUUCGUCUCAUCAGAUUGUCAUCACCGCCGCUGGGACCUUAUUCUUAUUCGGCGGCGAAUUUGCCUCUCCUAAUGAGACCCAGUUCUUUCAUUACAAGGAUUUCUGGUCAAUGGAUAUGAAAACCAAUGCGUGGGAAAAACUCGACAUUAAACCAAAACCAGCAGCUCGAUCAGGCCAUCGCAUGGUGCUCUGGAAACACAUCAUCGUCAUGUUUGGAGGAUUCUAUGACAACUAUGUUGACACGCGGUACUACGAUGACCUUUGGGUCUUCGAUACACUAGACUAUAAAUGGACCAAAGUUGAAUUGCCGGACCAAAUGAUCCGACCUUCAGCUCGUUCAGGCUUCUCAUUUAUCCCUUGUAACGAUGGCGUAAUUCUCUAUGGUGGCUACUGUAAGGAAUAUACAAAGGGUCAACGACCCAAAGGUGUUGUUCAUACAGAUACCUGGUUACUCAAGAUGAAUACAGACCCUAAAUUGAUCCGAUGGGAGAAGAAGAAGAAAUCUGGAUCGGCUCCUAGCCCGCGUUCUGGGUGUGCUAUGGCCCCUUACAAGAAUCGGGCUGUCUUGUUCGGAGGUGUGUACGACGACGAUGUGACUGAAGAAACGUUGGAGAGCACGUUCUACAAUGACCUUUACACAUAUCAGAUUGAUACUGGGCGUUGGUUCCCAAUGAACCUAAAGAAGCCAAAAACUACAAAGAAGAAGAAAUCAAAGAAGGCUAAUAAACAGGGAACUGGAACAGGCCGAUCAGGUGCUGAUGAUGAUGAUGAGGGAGCAGGAAAGAGAGAAAAGAUGAAAUGGGAAGAAAGUACUGAUGAUGAGUUUGACUAUGGCGAUUUCGAAGACAGUGAAGACGAUGACAAUGCAGGAGCAGAGACACUCAAGGAGGAUGUUUCUGGACCAACUGUGCCUUCUCAGGACCAACUGCCACUUGAAGCAAAGGCCGAUAAUGGUGAUAGCUCCGAGGCUAAGCAGGAUGAGCCAGCACAGACGUCUACCAAAGAAGCACUCGCGGCAGCUGCACUGGCAGCAGCCGGUAUUCUGCCAAAAGCGUCUCAGGCAUCUGAACCGGUCGCAGAAAGUACAGAGCUCAAUAAGCAGUCUAAAUCCGCAGGAAAAUCUUCGGGCAAGGCCAAGGACAACGAUAACGACAAUGAUGCUGACGAAGAUGAAGAACCAUUGAUGCCUUGUCCCCGGUAUAAUCCCAUGUUGGCAGUUCAGAAGAGUACUCUGUUUAUCUUUGGAGGUAUUUUAGAAGUGAAAGAUCGCGAAUACACCCUCGACGACUUUUUCUCACUCAAUCUGGAUAAGAUGACAGAGUAUGUGUGUUUGCGUGAGUCUCAGUUUGAGUCACAGCUGUGGCUUGGUGAGGAAUCUGACGAUGACGAGGAUGACCAGGAAGAGGAAGAUGACGACGAUGACGACGAUGACGACAACGAAGGCGAGGACGAAGAAGUUGGUGAUGACGACGAGAAGGAGGAUGAAAGUGAGUCUGAAGACGAGGUCAUUGAAGAGUCUAGUAAGAAGGAUAAGAAGGCCAAGAAAGAGAGUAAAGAAAAAAAGGAAAUGAAGGUAGAGAAGGAGGGCAAAUCGAAAGAAAAGAAGGAGAAAAAGGAGAAGAAAGAGAAGAAGGAGAAGGAGAAGGAGAAAGCGACUGCAGAAUCAAUCUUGAGUGGUGAUGCUGAAACCCCUGCUGCUGGCGAUGGAACUGAGGAGAUCAAGGUUGCUGGUGGUGGGACCUCUACUGAAGGAGGAGAGACUGUAGCUGCUCCGGAAGUUGUGCCUUCGCAAUUGAGCGGAGUGGACCUUGCAGCACGUCUCGCCAUGACAGAAGAGGAGGCUGCCUCCACGCCAACUAUUGGUGAAACUCUGCGCGAAUUUUAUGGACGCACAACUGAAUAUUGGGUUAUGAAGGCGUUUGAGGACAGUACCAAGACAGGCAAGGCUCUUCGUCAUGAUGGCUUCCUGCUGGCGGAAGCCAAGUACAAUGAAUGGCAACCUAUUCUAGCCCAGAUGGCUCAGAUGCGUUUAGAGGCUGGUUUGGAUGACGAUGAUGAUGAUGAGGCUGGACGUAUGGGUAGUGGGCGUAGUGGUAAAGUCCUCAACAUGGGUGAGGUCUAUAAUAAGUUGAUGUCAAGACAUAGACGAUAAAAAAGCGACAACGCAUAAUAGAGAUUUACCAAUCACUAG